GCCAAGCAUGUCUCCAGACCAGCUCUGUGAUGUCAUCUGGCACGACAGCGGGCACCAAGUCAACUGGCACGACAGCGGGCACCGGGUCAACUGGCAUGACAGCGGGCACGGGGUCAUCUGGCACGACAGCGGGCACCGAGUCAUCUGGCACUACAGCGGGCACCGAGUCAUCUGGCUCGACAGCGUGCACAGAGUUACCAGGCUCGACAGCGGGCACCGAGUCACCAAGCCCGACAGCGGGCACCGAGUCAACUGGCACGACAGCGGGCACCGAGUCAUCUGG